AUGCCAUGCGUGUCUUUAAGCUGGAACUCUCUCACCUUCGCUUCGACCCCAGUCGUCAGUUAUGUAUCAGCUACGGUUACAAGCGACUUCCAGGAAGGGCAUGAUUGGGCCUUGGAUCCUCUCCCAGAUUGGCUUUCUAAAUACGAAUCUACGCACGACUGGACCCCAGUGCUCGAGUUGUACUCCCAGAUGACCAAUUUCACACGCCUGAGCAAGCAAGACUGCAUGCUUGAAUAUAUCGACCCUCUCACACCUAAGAAACCCUUGGUUGUUGUUGCAUCCAAUAUCACAGCUGCUGAAAAUUACGGCAACACUCUUCUUAGUGGUUUGAUCACAGGGUAUAAUAUUUGGAGCCGGUCGCCCUGGUGGAUAUGUCAAGCUUAUAACCCUGGGUUCAAGUCUUUAUGCUCUGAAGAAUGGGCCGAUACCUUUAUUGACGACUGGGUAGUCCUCACACAUACGCAUGAGGAAAAAGGUCAGCCUGGUGGCCUUUCCGGGUUAAGGUCGAUUAUUGCCUUGUCGGUGCCGACAGCGCCAUCAGCCCUCGGUGUGGCCUGCACUAUGGAACACAGGUCUUCACUGUCGUGA